UCAGAAAAUGGUAGAGAAUGAGAAGAAAGCUGAAGAGAUUGAGAGAGGAUAUGACCGGAAAAGAGAGUUGACAACCUUUUAUGAGUCGAAAGCCGGUGUGAAGGGACUAGUAGAUGCUGGGGUAGAGAAAAUCCCACACAUCUUCAACUGCAAAAAAUUCAGUUUCAACAAGAACCUGGGAACCGGCCUAUCUCAGUUCUGCAUUCCGGUGAUAGACUUCGAGGGUGUCCACUCAAGGCCCAUCCGGCGAUCUGAGAUUGUUCAGGCAAUCCUUGAUGCAUCCAAGAGAUGGGGUUUCUUUCAGGUUAUCAAUCAUGGGAUCCCGACAAGUCUGUUGGAUGGGAUGAUCCAGGGGAUUCGCCGCUUCCACAAGCAGGACUUGGAGGUGAAGAUAGAGUUUUACACGCGGGAUAUCAAGCAGAGAAAGGUCAUUUAUCUCUCCAACUUCGACCUGUACCAGGCACAUGUAACUAAUUGGAGGGACGCUUUGGGUUUCGUGAUGGAGUCUGAUCCACCCAGUCCGGAAGAACUGCCCAAUGUUUGCAGGUGACUAAACAGAUUCCUUGUUUGUUGGUCAAUUAUUGCCCCAGGCUUUAACCAAUGGAAUUAA